AUGAUCGGCUCAACCAAGGACUUUGAGCUUCCCGUCGGCCCUGCGCAUGACCACAUCCUGACACCUGUUGCAAGCACGCCAUCGGCUCUCGCUUGCCGUGCCUCGCCUUGCCGUGCCUCGCCUCGCCUGCACCAGAACCGCGCUUUCGGGUCUGGCAACCGGCGCGGCAUGAUUCGUCGCCUGCCACACGUUUGCAUCUCGCCGCUCAUGGCCGCGCAGCUGCCCGUUGGCCCUGAACGCAUCCGUCUGGGUCCUUGUCUGUCGAUGCUUCACAUGCAUGCUGCUGCUGUCUCUCGUUGGCUUGACGCCCGCUCUGUUUUGCUGCAGCCGCCCUCUCGCACCGCACCGCACCGCAUUGCAUCGCCGCGCCGCACCGCAUCUCGCCUUUGGGCUCACCUCGCUUCGCCUCGCCCUGCCUCGGAAUACGUGUCUUCCCCCUUGCUUCCACCCACCGAGGCACAGAGUAAGCUGUUUGUCUCCAAGGUUUCGGUCGGCCUUGGUCCAUCCGAUCCGCUCGCUGCUCGCUUCAUACCCGUUCUCGCUCCGUCAAUCCCCCUCUAG